AUGCAGGCUGGGCAGGGGCGGCUCCGGCUCCGCGGCGCUCGGGAUGGCAUUCCGGGCUGGGGGAAGCACAGCCCGCCCGGGCCCUGGGGCGUUUCUGCCCUGGGGCGCGGUCCCCACGCUCACCGGGACGGCCUCCCCCACCCUGCACCGGACGGGCUGAGGGGCGAUACCCUGAUAGACGUCGGCCGCGGCCCCGCCGUCUGCCAGCUUCUGCCCGCUUGCGAGUGCUUCCAGGAGAUCAGCGCCUUGGACUAUGCGGGCCAGAACCGCCGGGAGCUGGAGAAGUGGCUGAAGGACGAAGCGGGAGCCUUCGACCGGAGGCCAGUGGUGAAAUGCGUUCGUGAGCUGGAGGGGGACAAGGAGAAGUGGGUGGAGAAAGAGGAGAGGCUGAGAAAGAAGUGCGGCCCCUCCACCCGCUGCCUGGAGGCCGCCUGCCAGGAGCUGGCCACCUUCCGCAGCGCCCCGAGAAGCGUCGGUGCCCUCGCGAAGCCGGGGGGGCACCUGGUGAUGGUGACCCUCCUCCGGGAAACCUCCUACGCCUUCAACAAGCAGGUCUUCUCGUGCCUCCGCCUGGGGAGAAACGUGGUGGAGGAAGCCGUGGAGGGCGCUGGCUUUGACGCAGGUCCGGUAAUUAAGGUUAAAAUCCCCAAGGACAGAGACGGUAGGCCCAAGCAGUUCGCCUUUGUGAACUUCAAACACGAAGAAUCCGUUCCUUACGGACUGAGCCUGCUUAACGGGAUCAAACUCUACGGGAGGCCCAUCAAAAUCCAGUUCCGAUCAGGGAGCAGCCACGCAUCUCAAGACGGCAACCCGUCCUGUUCCCCGCACGGAGCUGCCGGCGCCAGCCCGUCUGGCGCGCCGCAUCCGGCGUCCAACUGCAGCAGGUACGACCGGAGCCCUGACGGUAUGGCAGCAGCGGGAUUCCCGUCGGUGCAGAGGGCUCUGCCGCCUGCCGAUAACCUUCAGAGACAAGCGAUGAGCGGUGCCCCGUGGCAGCAGCCUCCGUUCGGGGGGAAGUACGAGCAGCCCGGCUUCGCCCUGCCCGGCUACCAGCAGCCUCCUCACGGCUUUCACCCCUCGCCGGCCUCCCAAAUGCCGCCGCGGCGGCCGGAGGCGCCGGUGCCGCGCAAGGGCAGGCUGAGCGCCCACCCCUACCACCCGGACAGCAGGCACUUCGGCCGCGAGCAGCGCUUCGGGGAGCGGGGGCCUGACUACUGCCGGGGCAAGAGGGAGGAGUACGGCUUCGAGGAGAGGGGGCACGACGCCGGCGGCGAGCACCACUACCGGCCGGGCAGAGAGGAGCCUGCCUACGAAGACCGGCACCGGGACGGCUGGAGCCACGACUACGACUACCGGAGAGAGAGCUACAGAGAGGCCAAGUGGCACCCGUCGCGGCAUUAA